GGGAGGACGUCUGCUCGUCGUCAGCUGACAGAUUCCUACACGUGUCUCGCUGCUGGAUCGGAAAUAUUUGUUAAAUCACCCCGGCCCUCCACUGUCCACAUCCUCAAGCAGAAAGUCCACCGAAAAAACAGCGUGAAUUCGAUGCAGCGAUUCGAGGACUGAGACGAUGCGAGGGAUCGGUUUCGGCUGGUUUUUCCUUUUUCCCAUUAUCUUUCGGAAAAUUCAUUUGGAGUCUUGGGAAUCGGUGAACUAGGCUUGAAGAGGACGUCAUGUUCGAGAUUUGCGAAUCCAGGGCGUUUUCGAUAUUCCUGGUCCCCCCUCGGAAACGACUCGUGUGGACCUGGGAUUCCGGAAAUGGGACCCACUUCAGGAUCAGCGGAAAUUCCUCCACGAAGAGCGACUGCUUCGUAGAACUCGUCAAUGUUUUCGUGGCGUCAUUGACCAUCAUUGCCAACCUCUCGUUUAUCCUGAGGUACAGGUACUGCGAAAAUCGGAUGCUGAGAAGUGUCCUGCUUCCGGUCCACACCUUGAGGAGCCUGCUAUGCAUCGCCACGAUAGUCCUUCUUCUCCUGGAGCUAUCGGAGUCCUUGAUAACAUCCAUCCCACUUCCGGCUAUCCUGAGUGUCCUGGCAGUGAUUUCCUGUUGGACUCUUCAUCGAGUCACGGAAUUAAGGGACGGCCUGGGAUUGGCGGUCUCUGGUGCAGGGUUCACCGUCAUCGCCGUUUCCAGAAUCUGGAGGCUCUCCUAUCUCCACAGGCUAGGUGCAAGCAUGCAGCACGUCCGCGUCUUCUGCAGCGCCUCCACCGCAGCCUGUUGCGGACUUUUGGCCCUGGUGGACUCCUAUGGACUUUAUCGAACGAUGCAGAGGAACCGGCAAUACUCGGUCCAGCAGAUGGGAAAUGUCCGUGUUUCCUACAGGCACGGGACCGCACCUUUCCUCAGCAAGCUCACCUUUCAUUGGGUCGUCGGUCUCCUCAGGAGAGGGUACCGGGUUCCUCUGGAUCUCCAGGACCUUGGUGAACUCCCUGAAGAGGAGUCUACCAGGGUUCAGUUCGAAAAGUUCCGGGAAAUCUACGCCGAGGAGAAGAAGCGCUGCGGAUAUGGGAAGUUUUCCCUAUGGCGGUGUUUCUGGAAACGCGUGUGGUUUACAUUCACCCUGGGUGGGAUCUUGAAACUCUUCGGCGAUGCGACGACCCUAGUCGGACCGAUGGCUGUCUCGAAAAUAAUCGAUUACGUGACGACUGUUCAACAUAAAAUCGACGGGCACAACAAUUCGAACGCCGGGGAAUUCGUUACCUUCGCUCAGUUGCUGAAGAAUGGAUAUUUCCUGGGCUUCCUGGUAUUCUUGGCGGCCAUUUUGCAGAGUACCCUAAGUCAAGCUUCCACUCAUGUGCUCAAUGUCGAGGGCAUCCAUCUCAGGACCGCUCUUCAAGCUCUGGUCUACGACAAAGCUCUCAGGCUCUGCUCUUGGAGCAUCUCCGAGGAAGAGAAGCCACCUGACAAAGUCAAGGAAAAGGACUCUCCCCGUUAUCAGGACACCGAUAUCGGAACUUUGACGAACUUGAUGACCGAAGACGCUUACAACGUCAUGAGCUUCUUCUGGAUCGCUCAUUACAUCUGGGCGAUACCUCUGAAGAUCGCGGCGAUAAUCGGCCUGCUGAGCUUGGAAAUGGGCGUCAGUGCAGUCGUCGGUGCAGUUUGCUGUCUCGUUAUGGUAAUUCCUUUACAAUGGUAUCUUGGGAGGCGAAUGAUGUCGAAUUCCAAAGCCACCGCUGAACGCAGCGACGCUCGACUUCGCCUCGUCAACGAAGUUUUACAGGGAAUUCGCCUGGUGAAACUUCGAGCCUGGGAAAGUCUCUUCGAGAAUCGCGUUAAGAGGACCAGGGACGAGGAACUUCGACUUUUGGACAAGGAUUCCAUUUAUGGGGUCUUGAUGGCUUUCCUGACGUACGCCUCUUCGGUACUUACUGCUCUUUUUACCUUUGGCUUGUAUUUCUGGGUCGAAAAACGGCAACUCGAGGCAGGAAGCGUUUUUACGAGCCUCGCCCUUUUCUCUCAACUUAUGGUCCCGCUUUACGUGAUUCCGUUUGUUCUUCCCAUAAUCUUCGAAGUCAGGGUGUCAACGAAGAGGCUGAAAGAUUUUCUCCUUCUUCCGGAAAUCGUUGACAUCUUACCGGAGGGCAAGAAUAAUUCCGAAGAGAGUCCGUCGAAAACAGAGUCUACUGAUAAGAACGAUGCAGAGGUAGGCAAGGUGCAAAGUAGCUCGACGUUCGGCGCUCUUGACGACAUUGACGAAGAAAAGGAUUUCCACUUCCACCUUUUGUCGGGGAACGAUUCCUCGACUGAUACGGAAUUCGAAAGAGGCUCCUACGACACCGUUUUCGAAAAAGAAUCCGAUAACAGGGAGUCUAUUCUAGAAAUGAAUGGCGUCUUCUCCUGCAGCUCCGAAGAGCAUCAGCUGAUCGUAGAUGAACUAGCCAUUCCGCGUGGAAAACUCACGUUGAUAGUGGGAAGAACCGGAAGUGGGAAAACGUCACUGCUGUUGGCGAUGCUCGGGGAAAUUUACAGAGUCCGUGGAAAGGUCGAUUGGGCUGGGAAUACAAAGGUGGCGUACGUCUCCCAGAAACCAUGGCUGCUUAACGCCACCUUAAGAGAUAACAUCCUCUUCGGAUCCGAACUUCGGCCUCGAAGAUACAGGAACGUCCUACAAGCGUGUGCCCUUCAACCCGACGUUGACAUUCUUCCUGGCAGAGACCUCACAAGAAUCGGCGAGAAAGGAAUCAAUCUGAGCGGAGGUCAAAAGCAAAGAGUCACGAUAGCCAGGGCCAUUUACAGCGACGCCGAUGUCGUCAUCUUGGACGAUCCCCUAUCGGCCUUGGAUCAGCAAGUUGGUCGGCAAAUCUUUGACCAGGCCAUCCAGAGGUUACUCCUCGAAAGGGGUCGAACCGUCGUCAUGGUCACUCACAAAAUGGAGCUGGCGAACGUUGCCGAUCAGGUCGUGGCCAUGGAGGGGUGCAGGGUGCGAGCGGUCGGCAGCAGGACCAGCAUCGAAGAAGAGGACUCGAAAUUGGCAGAAGAGUGGCAGGAGGCUGUCAAAAGGCAGGACGAUCGACAUCAGCCUCCAAGGACUGCCAAGGACCGCUGGUCCUUGAUUAGGCUGGUCUCCAGGAUCGGCAUCGCCGUCAGACAAAGACACGCCAGCGAUGGAUCGUGGAUCACGGAUCAGGAUGCUCACGUGACGCCGCCGUCGUUUGUCCCUCUCAGGACGAGGAGGUCCACUCUUCUGGGCUCCAGGUACCUUGCACACGACCUGACCGACCUUCCUGUUCCUGCGGAAGACUGGGGUGAGGUCAGGAAACGGUCCAGGAAGCAUAGAAAUGCCACAAGAGCUACCAGUCUGCAACCUCCGAAACGCCCUCCUCCGGUUCUUCGGCAGAGCAGCACUCCGACCAUCCUUGACGGCCAUUAUGUACCUCCGCGGAAGAGGCACAACACGAUCGACGGUGGGCAGCAGAACAGCAUGCUGAAGCAAUUGUUUUCCGGCAGACUCGUCAGUCACAAUUCCGAGGAAGCCACAUUGACCAGAGAGAGGAGCGUUCUCCAGAGACUCAUUUUCACCUCCUCGAUUAUGACACCCCAGAACCAGGAGUGGGAUCCCUAUCCAGCGAAGCGAUUAUUUUCCUCCGAUUCUGAGAUCGCGGAUGAAGCGGACGAUGAUGAGGAAAAGAAUAAUCAGCUUCAGGGACGACGUUGCUCGUUCCAUGAGGACAACUCUGAUGGGGUGGUCACCAGAAAAAUCUGGAUAUAUUUUAUAAAAGCAGGAGGAGUGGGACCAGGUCUGACUUAUGUAGUGGCGGCUCUGAUUAGUCAAUUUCUCAGAAUUUACUCCGACUUGUGGCUCAGUACGUGGACCGAAUAUGGAAUUACUCCUGAACUAUCGGCCGAGAGAUACGGAGAUACAAUGUUUUAUUUAUGGGGAUUUAUAGGGAUUUCAAUUGGUUACAUGGUUCUCUCGGUGCUUCACAUAGCUUCCGUCCAAUGGGCUGGGGCAAGGGCUCGUCGACAUCUUCAUCAGGAAGCUUUUGCCGAAAUUCUGAAAGCUCCUUUAACAUUUUUCGAGCGCACCCCGAUCGGCAGAAUACUCAACAGGUUCAGCGCCGAUAUGGCGAUCGUCGAUAAGAAAAUCUCGACGUCCAUUUUGAGGCUGACCUCCUUUAUCUUGCUCUGCGGAUCGGCGAUCUUGGUCAAUAUCGUCAUCUCCUGUUGGUUCCUACUAGCUGCUGUGCCAACGUGCUACGUUUACUAUUUCUUGCAGAAGUUAUACAGGAAAAGCGCGAGGGAGCUUCAGAGAUUGGACGGGAGCACGAGGGGCCCGGUUGGAGCACAUUUUUCAGAGACUCUAGCCGGACUGACGACUAUUCGAGCCACCAAGCAACAAAACCGGUUCAUGAACGAAAUGGUAGAAAAACUGAACUCGAAUUCGAACACCUUCCUGCUGCUGAACACCAGCAGUCGAUGGCUCGGAAUCGCUCUGGAUUAUCUUGGCGCAACGAUCGUGGCCGUUGCUGUAGUCGUUGCUUUGAUAUCGGCGAAAUUAAAUCCCGAUCGCGUGUCACCGGCUCUCGUUGGAUUGGCCAUUAAUUACACACUUUUGGUCCCGAUUUAUCUGAACUGGGUGGUCAAAUACGUCGUCGACGUCGAAAUGUACAUGGGAAGCGUUUCUCGACUCUCGACUUACAAGGAAACCCCGAAGGAACGAUUGUCUUCGGAUUUCCAAGUUCCCCCCGAAUGGCCAAAAAAUGGCGACGUCAGUUUUGAGAACGUCUCCCUUAGGUACGAUCCUCGGAGCGAACCGGUCAUCCACAAUCUUAAUUUACAAAUCCAUAAAGGGGAGAAGCUAGGUAUUUGCGGACGAACCGGCAGCGGGAAGUCCUCCAUCGCCAUGGCGUUGUUCCGAUUGGUCAACAUUUUUCAAGGUCGCAUUCUGAUAGACGGGAUCGACAUCAAGCGAGUUCCUCUGAGGACCCUUCGAUCCAGGCUCUCGAUCAUUCCUCAGGAUGUCACCAUGUUCAGCGGCACCGUCAGGGAGAAUCUGGACCCUCUUUCCGAGCACUCCGACAACGAGAUCUGGACCGCUCUGGAGCUGGCGCAGAUGAAGAACGUCAUAUCCUCGUACCCUGAAGGACUAGGUUUUGAGGUUCGCGAGGGUGGCGAGAAUUUCUCUUCGGGUCAGCUUCAGCUUCUCACCAUGGCCAGAGCCGCUCUUCGGCAUUCCACCAUAAUCAUCCUCGACGAGGCUACCAGCGCCCUGGAUGCUGCGACAGAGAAAUCCUUGUUAGAAGCAGCCUCUUCGGCAUUCAAAGGCAGAACCGUGAUCUCCAUUGCGCAUCGCGUGACGUCCUUGCUGGACUGUGACAGAGUCCUGGUCCUUGAAGAAGGUCGGGUAGUCGAGGACGGUUCUCCUUCGGAGCUCGUAAGACGUCCUAUGGGAUUUUUCUCCGCCAUGCUGAGAGGUGUAGAAGACUGCAACGAGUUGUAACAAUAUGUGCCAAUUUGGUGCUAGAAACACAUAAGGGAUCAAGUACUUUUCUCCGGCAUUCUGAGAGGUGUCAAAGACUGCAACGAGUUUGUAACAAUAAGAAGUGGCAAUUAGGUGCCAGAAACAAAUAAGGGAUCAAAUCUGGAGCGAAGUGUACAUACGACUUCAUCCUCCCUGCUAGCUGCAGGGGCACUAAUCUCGAUACGACUCAACGUAAAACUAACAGAGGACUUAUCGCUUCCCCCUCAAUGUACACGUACAUUUUGUAAAUAACGCGUCGCUUUACGACACUGUAAAUAUUCCAAUAAACCGUGGCACUCACCGAAAGC